CACACUCCCUUUUCUUCUUCUUCGUCUCUCUUUCCUUCUCUCUACACUCGCGCUCAGCUACUUUCUCUCAUCCAUCAUUUCAUUCUCUCUUUCUCUGUGUUGAUCUUUACGGCGUCGUUUUGAUGGCGGCUGCGAGGGUUGAGCGGGGAGAUCUGUGGAAGAGCAACGCCCUCUCCGUACAGCGCCGGCUCCGGGAGCGGUUCAGAGUCGAGGUCGACCGCCGGUUCAGGCGCCACCCGAUUUUCACCGACAGUUACUUCGCCUCCACCGUGCAGCGGUGGCUCCAGCGCUUCCGCGAUUUCAAGAGGGACUCGCUUCCGUCCUCCACCGCCUUCUAUCGCAAACGAGUGGGCAAGGAAAUAAAUGCUGAAGAAGAGUCGGCCAUUCUUCGCAUGGUCCAAGCUGUUGCUGUGCCGGUCAUUGGCAAUGUUUGCCAUGUGUUCAUGAAUGGAUUAAAUCGAGUUCAGGUCUAUGGUUUGGAAAAAUUGCAUGACGCUUUGCUUCGCAGACCCAAAGACAGGCCUCUUAUAACGGUUAGCAAUCAUGUGGCUUCUAUGGAUGAUCCGCUUGUUAUUGCUGCACUGCUUCCUCCAAAUGUUCUUCUGGAUGCUAAGAACUUGAGGUGGACACUAUGUGCAUCUGAUCGGUGUUUUUCGAAUCCUGUAACUUCAGCAUUUUUCCGAUCUGUCAAAGUUUUGCCAGUUGCUCGUGGUGAAGGAAUCUAUCAAAAGGGUAUGGACAUUGCUAUUUCAAAAUUAAAUCAAGGUGGCUGGGUUCACAUCUUCCCAGAAGGUAGUCGUUCUCGAGAUGGUGGAAAAACCCUGGGGUCAUCCAAGAGAGGUGUUGGGAGGUUGGUCCUUGACGCUGACAAUAUUCCCAUGGUUGUUCCAUUUGUACAUAGCGGGAUGCAAGACAUCAUGCCUAUUGGUGCUAGCUUCCCAAGGAUUGGCAAGACGGUGACUGUGGUUAUUGGCGAUCCAAUCUACUUUGACGAUUUGCUAAAUAAUGAAGGAGCAAAGCAUUUAUCAAGAGGAAAGUUGUAUGACGCAGUAUCCUCAAGAAUCGGUCAUCAACUACAUCAACUGAAAGUUCAGGUUGACAAGUUGGCUCAAGGGAUCCCAUUGCUAAAUGAUGGCAUGGAAGAGACUCCGGAACAACUAGUUGGUGCCAGUACACAGGAGCCUAGGUCUUUAGAUCGGUUCCGAGCGGGUUUCUCAAAAGAUGGCUGGUUUGCAUCACGGAUGCGUAGUUUUAUGGAACCGACGGAGCUGAUGGGAUUUGCAGCCAGAGGCUUAUUUAUGAACCAUAGAGCAGUUGAAACCUCUGAGAGUGGUAGUAGAAGGGUUGGCCCGUUGAAAGCAUGGAACCAAUUUCUUGAAGCCAAUGUACUAUCGCCAUGGAACUAUGCCUGACAUUUCUUAGUCUGUUUCUUGCUUUUAACUUUACUAGAGGCUGAUGUAAAUAGUAAUUAGGGUGUUCAUCUAUAAAUGAACUACAAUUUUGGUCAGGGUGUUUUUUUAGCUCAAAAGGAAGGUUAUAAUAAAACAAACUGUCUGCCGUUUCCAUAUGUAGAACAGAUGAAUUUUACGAAGCUGAAGUUUAUCUGGUCUGAAUUUCCAUUCAAAUGGUUUUGAGCAUCAAUAAUUGAAGUCCAAAAGAUCCACAUUG